AUGGAAGCUCUGGGUGCUGGAGGCGAGGCCUUGUUUCCUUCCAAGAUCCCCUUUUGGCGUCUGAUUUUUGACCAGAAGGUCAUCACCCUGGAUGUCGCUCAACAUCCAUACCCGGGCUCCGGCACAGAGGAAGAUCCCUAUGCGGUGACAUGGAUUCCAAACGAUCCUCGCAACCCCAUGAACUUUCGCAACGUCACGAAAUGGGCCAUCACGAUUUUGGUCUCAUUCGUCACGCUAGCUGUUGCGCUGGUAUCCUCGGCAUACUCAGGUGGAAUGAGCCAGAUCAUAGCCCAAUUCGGUGUCGAGGAAGAGAUCGUCAUCCUGGGAGUCUCCCUUUUCGUGCUUGGUUUCGCUAUUGGACCCCUGAUCUGGGCGCCGCUCAGUGAAAUAUUUGGCCGUCGUCAUAUCUUCACUUUCAGCUAUAUGUUUUUGACGGCAUUUAAUGCAGGUGCUGCUGGCUCGCAGAACAUUGAAACUCUCAUCAUUCUUCGAUUCCUAGCAGGCUGCUUCGGAUCUUCGCCUUUUGGUAAUGCAGGUGGCACCAUCGCCGAUAUGUUUCCUGCUUCUCAGCGUGGUAUUGCGGUGAGUCCUACUAUUGGCCCUAUCAUUGGAGGAUUCCUUGCCACUGGAGCUGGGUGGCGCUGGGUGGAAGGCUUCCUGGCUGCAUUUUCAGGUGUUCUCUGGCUAUGCAUGAUCUUCUUGCUGCCAGAGACCUAUGCUCCGGUUCUGCUGCGUCGCCGGGCUGCCAAGCUGUCUGAAUUGACCGGGAAAGUCUACCGCAGUAAGCUUGAUAUCGAGCGCGGCCCUGUUCCUCUGAGCAGGACUUUGAAGACGGCCCUUUCGCGACCCUGGAUCUUGCUGUUCCGCGAGCCUAUCGUCUUUCUGUUCUCCAUCUAUAUGUCGAUUAUCUACGGAACUCUCUAUAUGCUGUUCGCGGCCUACCCUAUCGUCUUCCAAGAGGUUCGGGGGUGGAGCGAGGGUGUGGGUGGUCUUGCGUUUUUGGGUAUCUUAGUCGGCAUGGUUCUCGCUGUGGCUUACACUUUCCCAGAGAACAUGCGCUACGCAAAGAAGUGCAGUGAGACCACUGACCGUCUUCCCCCGGAGAUUCGACUGCCUCCGAGUAUGAUUGGAGGUAUUGCUCUGCCCAUCGGCCUCUUCUGGUUUGCAUGGACAAACGCGCCGAGUAUCCAUUGGAUGGCAUCGAUUGCUGCGGGUGCUCCGUUCGGAUUCGGCAUGGUUCUCAUCUUCCUGAGUGUAUUCAACUAUCUCAUUGAUUCAUACACCAUCUACGCCGCCUCGGUAUUGGCAGCCAACUCUGCGCUCCGCUCCUUGUUUGGCAUGGCAUUCCCUCUCUUCACGACAUACAUGUACAGAAACCUAGGCAUUCACUGGGCGUCGUCCAUCCCAGCCUUCCUCUCGGUUCUCUGUGUGCCAUUGCCGUUUAUCUUCUACAAGUACGGCGCUCAAAUCCGCCAACGCUGCACCUAUGCGGCUGAGGCUGAUGCGUUCAUGCGUCGACUCGCUGAAAAGAACCAGGCCGAGAUCCGGAGGGAAGAGGUGGAGGAGAAGACCAUCAAUCAUGACGAGGUAGAUGAAAGCAGCGACAGCGAGACCUUAUCAACUGUGCCUUCGCGGGCAACUAUUGCACGCUUUGCUUCAAGAGCAUCUCGUCAGUCAGGAAAAUCGAUGCAUCGUAUUCCCACUGCAACUCAGUACGAGGAGAACCCAUAUGACCUGGAUUUAGUGAAUACUCGCCAGUCUGCUAUCAGUCGGAAGGAAUGA